AUGUCAGGCCUGUCCGAUAAUGAAGAUUUUGGUGAUGAGAAUGCAUCUCCAAAUACAAAUCAUUUAUCGCAACCCAAUGCUAGCAGCACUGUAAUUCUUUUAAAGAAACUGGUUCUACCUGCAGAAUUCUUCACAUGUGUAGGGGAAGUGCCUGGCAAAAAUGCCAGUCUAUAUCGGUGUCUAUAUCCUGACUGCGUCCCAAAAAAGAAAAGGGAUGGUUCUGAAAAACCACUUGUGGUGCCUCAUUCUUCUCGAUACAAUGCCAAAAGUCUCAACAACACACCUAUUUCAGUAAACAGACGUGCCAUAAUUACACAAGAAGAUCUUGAUAGUUGGGUGUUGAAUUUCCUCGUUGUUGACGCCUUACCAAUUUCUACCGUCGAGAAACCUGGUUUCAAACAACUAGUUAAUUGUCUGGCCCCGAAUCUAAAAAUGAUUGAAUAUCUCCACAAGGAAUAUCAAGUAGUUGACAAGCUGCGAGGAGCAACAACCGACAACGGUUCCAAUUUUUUAAAGUUGUUUCGGAAGAGUGGGAAUGCAUCUAAUGUGCCCAAUUAUGAUGAUGAUGACUUUGAACAAUCUGACGAAGAAGACGCGUUAUACUUCGAAAUUGGUGAAAUUAUUGACGGUAGAAUCACACAAGACUAUUUCGCUAACAAUGUGAAUCCCACUCUACCUAUGCACCGAAAAUGCGCCUGUCAUCUGUUGAGUUUGAUAGCGAAGGCUGACAUAUCAAAGAUUCAAGAUCACACAUUUCAAGAAUUGAAAAAUUCGCUACAAGACAAUGCGUCGAUUAUUAAAUGUCAAUCACUAAUCACUGGACUGCUUGACGCUAUCUAUGAGAAAUUUGAACACAUGUUCUCAGAUAAUGAGUUACGUUUGGCUACGAUUACCAACCCAUUUUUUAAGCUAUCAUGGUUGGAUAAUGAAGACGAUGUUCGUCGCGCAAAAACAUUUUCGGAUGAUUCAAAUGACGGGACCUCCUCCUCAGUAUCAGAUCCCAGUACGGAGAAGAAACAGAGACGCGCGAAGGAUUUUUUUGCCUCAAUUACUAAAAGAAAUGAAAAGUCAAAGGUAAUUGAUGAAGUAGAGACAUUCCUUAAGAUGUGUGGAAAUCUAGAUGACCUACCAAAUUAUCCAACCAUCAUGAAGAUGUAUAAGUAAGUGCCGUGCCGACCUUCUAUGUGUAUUGUCAUUAUACGUAAUUCAUCACUUAUGUAAUUUUUUUAGACGA